CCUCCCUCUACCUGAGGCUCACCUGCCUCGGAUCUUUGGGGGAUUCCCUACAGGCUCCCCAGCAUCGGAAGAAGCAUGAGUGGGGAGACCCCCUGCCUGCCUCCUCUUCCUCCUCCUCCUCCUCCUCCUCCUGCGCCUGGCAGCCGGUGAUUCCUCCUGCGAAGGGAAGGGAAGGGAAGGAGGCGAUGCCAGGGAUCUGGGCUGGCCUGCUCUUGCUGCUGCUGGGGAUGGCAGGGGGAUCUUCCCCGGAGCCCCCAGAGCCAGAGCCCUCCUCCUUCGACCGUGCCUACCCUGGGAGCGUGAGCCGGGCCUCUGAACGCCUCUACUCCUUCCGAUACGCCCCAGGGACCGGGCAGGUGGAUGCCAUCCGGGUUAAUGUAAAGAGUGACUCUGAAGACCUUCAGUAUCCAGUCUUGUUUGUUGUUCGGCAGCAAAAGGGCGUGCUAUCCUGGCAGGUCCCACUUGUUUUUCAUGGCCUUUACCAGAGGAGUUAUAAUUACACAGAGGUGAGCCGAACUCUUUGCCCAUCAGAGCCCACACCUGAAAAUGGGCCUUCAGAGCAGAUCCUAUUUGUAGAUGUGGCUUCCAUGGCCCCCUAUAAUGCCCACUAUGUACUGCAAGUUACCAGGAUCAAGAACUUCCAGCUUCGGAUGAACACUGCUUUCACAUUCAAUGCCAGCCCUUCCCAACCUCAGUAUUUUCUGUACAGUUUCCCUCCAGAUGUGGAUUCCGUCGUUGUCAAAGUGAGAUCUGAGUCCGUCUACCCCUGUUCCGUUGUCUCCAUUCAGGAUACUGUGUGCCCAGUUUAUGAUUUGGACCACAAUGUGGAAUUUAAUGGAAUUUACCAGUCCAUGACAAAACAGGCAGCCAUCACUGUACAGAAAAGGGACUUCCAAGGCAAGCAGUUCUUUGUUGUGUUUGUUAUAAAGCCGGAGGACUAUGCCUGUGGGGGAUCGAUGCCAUACUCUGUUAGAGGAAAAACUAACCAGACGUGGAACCUCCAGAGGAUGAAGACCCUUGAAGUGACAAUUGUACCUUCAGUUAAAGGUUCCGUGUAUGUGCGUGCCAUUCUUUUCAGCUUUCUCAGUUUCUUCUCCUUUUAUCUGGGUGCAUUAGUAGUUGCAUUUGUGCAGUACUGCAGAAUUUAUAGGAAGACAUCAACAAGAGGACACAGUCCUGACGAUGGGUCUGGGACAGUGGCUGCCUCUCAUCCCAUCACUGCCAACACUCCUGAAGGAAGCAGCUAUGGAGCUAUUGAUGAGUCAGGCUCCAGUGGAGGACAGCAGCUGUCGCCUCUGGAUCACAGACCUCCUUGUGGCUCCGAUACAGACAGCUCUGUGGAAGAGGAAAGUGACUUUGACACGAUGCCUGAAAUUGAAAGUGACAAGAAUGUAAUCCGCACUAAGAUGUUCCUCUAUCUUUCUGAUUUGUCCAGGAAAGAUCGGAGAAUUGUCAGUAAAAAAUAUAAAAUAUAUUUCUGGUAAGACAUCAUAACAUUGCUGUUUCUAUGCCCUGCCUGUAUCAAGUUGGUGAUCACAUAUCAGACGGUGGUGAAUGUAACUGGAAACCAGGACAUCUGCUACUAUAAUUUCCUCUGUGCUCAUCCACUGGGGGUCUUGAGUGCGUUCAACAACAUCCUCAGCAAUGCCGGCCACUUGCUGCUGGGCUUUCUUUUCCUGUUGAUUGUCCUACGCAGAGAUAUUCUCCACAGGAGGUCCUUGGAAAUGAAAGACAUCUACACAAUGGAAUAUGGGAUCCCCAAGCACUUUGGCCUCUUCUAUGCCAUGGGCAUUGCUUUGAUGAUGGAGGGUGUCCUGAGUGCUUGUUACCAUGUCUGCCCCAACUACUCUAAUUUCCAGUUUGACACCUCCUUCAUGUACAUGAUUGCUGGGCUGUGCAUGCUCAAACUUUACCAGACGCGUCACCCCGACAUCAAUGCCAGUGCCUACUCGGCCUACGCCUCCUUUGCUAUGGUCAUUUGUCUUGCUGUGCUUGGAGUGGUUUUUGGAAAAAAUUCUGUGUGGUUUUGGGUCCUCUUCUCACUUAUCCAUGUUGUUGCCUCACUUGGUCUCAGCACCCAGAUCUACUACAUGGGUCGUUUCAACAUAGAUGUCUCUGAUCCAGACUCUGGGAUUUUCCAGCGCGCAAUGAUGGUGCUGUACACAGACUGCGUCCAGCAGUGCAGCCGACCGAUGUACAUGGACAGAAUGGUACUGCUUGUUGUUGGAAACCUGGUGAACUGGUCCUUUGCCAUUUUUGGAUUGGUAUAUCGGCCGAAGGACUUUGCCUCCUACUUGCUGGGCAUCUUUAUCUGUAAUCUUCUGUUGUAUCUUGCCUUUUAUGUCAUCAUGAAGCUCCGCAGCUCAGAGAGGCUUCUGCCCCUUCCCCUUUUCUGUAUUGUGGCCACUGCUGUGGUUUGGGCUACAGCCCUUUAUUUCUUCUUCCAAAACCUGAGCAGCUGGGAGGAAACUCCAGCAGAAUCCCGAGAGAAAAACCGCCCAUGUAUCCUUCUGGAAUUCUUCGAUGAUCAUGAUGUCUGGCACUUCCUCUCUGCAGCUGCCCUGUUCUUCUCCUUCUUGGUCCUGCUCACUCUGGAUGACGACUUGGAUUCUGUGCGGAGAGACAAGAUACCUGUGUUCUGAACCAUAGCAUUUUUUAUUUUGAUGCUGCCACUGAAACACACUUGUGUUGUUAGCUGGAACAGAGCACCAAGACCAAAUUGGAAAGAAGCUUGCUUGAGUAACUAGAGUCUAAAACAGUGAUGGUGAACCUUUUAGAGGCCAACUGCCUAAACUGCAACCCAGAACCCACUUAUUUAUUGCAAAGUGCCAUGUCCCUCUG